AUGAACUUCAAUUAAUAGGUAUACCCAACAUAAAUCAAAUCUCAAAAAUCAUUAAAUUCUCAUCAAUAAAACUCUAACAAUUCUAAUAAAAAAUCAAUACCAAAUACACCUAUCUUAUCUAAGCAUCCUACAACAUAUAGGAUUAAUAAUAAAGACGACAUAAAAAAUAAGGAAAAAUUCUUAGAUCUUAAAAAUUUAAAUACUCCAAUAACUAAAUAAAUCUCCCUUGACACAGAACCCUAGUACUUUAAGGGAAAGAGGCCUUCAGCAUAAACAAUCUCGAAUGAUGUAGAAAAGGCUAAAUUUCUUUAAAUUUAAACAACAAGAACUGUGCGCACUAGUUAGAUUGAUCGAAAUAAUACAAUGAAAAUACAAGGAACAAAUUAAAUUUCAAAGGAAUAAAGGAACAAAAAAUACUUCAAAAGCGAGUCCAUUAGUAAUGACAAGAUCCUAGAUUUGCUUUUAUUAAAUACAUAAGAAUUAAAAGGCUUUUUUCAGAAAGAAAAAGAACCACUACAAAGAGCAAAGCCAAGAAUAAAUAAUCCAAAAGGUUUUCCAUCUGAUUUCUUUUCUAUAUUGUGA